GUGUCAUCUCUUGGCAGGGAUGGUGAACUUCAGUGAGGUGUCGGGGUACCCUCUGCUGCAGCACUGGAAGGUGCAGUCUGUCAUGUACCACGUCCGGCUCAACCAGCUGACCAUCUCCCAGUCCUUCAGCAACGCGCUGCACUCUCUGGAUGGGGCCACCUCCCGCAGGGAUUUUGUGGCACUGCUGGACCAGUUUGGCAACCACUACAUCCAAGAGGCCGUGUACGGCUUUGAGGAGUCCUGCUCCAUCUGGUACCCCAACAGGCAGGUCCAGCGGCAGCUCUGGCUGGAGUAUGAGGACAUCAGUAAAGGCAAUUCUCCAUCAGAUGAGUCAGAGGAGCGUGAGCGGGACCCCAAAGUGCUCACCUUCCCUGAGUACAUCGCCAGCCUUUCUGAGUCAGGCACCAAGCGCAUGGCAGCGGGUGUGCGGAUGGAGUGCCAGAGCCGUGGGCGCUGCCCCUCAUCCUGUCCCCUCUGCCACGUCACCUCCAGCCCUGAUGCACCAGCAGAGCCCAUCCUGCUUGAGGUCACCAAAGCAGCCCCCAUCUACGAGCUGGUCACCAACAACCAGACGCAGCGGCUCUUGCAGGAAGCCACCAUGAGCUCGCUGUGGUGCUCAGGCAGCGGGGAUGUCAUCGAGGACUGGUGUCGCUGCGACUCAAGUGCCUUUGGGGCCGAUGGACUGCCCACCUGUGCACCUCUCCCACACCCCAUCCUGCGGCUCUCCACUGUGCAUGAACCCAGCAGCACACUGGUAGUGCUGGAGUGGGGGCACUCGGAGCCCCCCAUCGGGGUGCAGAUCGUCGACUACCUCCUCCGCCAGGAGAAAGUGACCGACAGGAUGGACCACUCCAAGGUGGAGACUGAGACGGUGCUGAGCUUUGUGGAUGACAUCAUCUCUGGUGCCAAGUCCCCCUGCGCCAUGCCAGCCCAGGUGCCUGACAGGCUCUCCUCCACCAUCUCCCUCAUCAUCCGCUGCCUGGAUCCAGACACCAUCUACAUGUUCACCCUCUGGGGAGUCGAUAAUACGGGGAGACGCUCCAGGUCCAGUGAUGUGACGGUGAAGACGCCCUGCCCCGUGGUGGAUGAUGUCAAAGCUCAAGAAAUUGCAGACAAGAUCUACAACCUCUUCAAUGGCUAUACCAGUGGCAAGGAGCAGCAAACAGCCUACAACACCCUGCUGGACCUUGGCUCCCCCAGCCUGCACCGUGUCCUUUACCACUACAACCAGCACUACGAGAGCUUUGGGGAGUUCACCUGGCGCUGUGAGGACGAGCUGGGACCCAGGAAAGCUGGCCUCAUUCUCUCGCAGCUGGGGGACCUGAGCAGCUGGUGCAACGGGCUCCUGCGGGAGCCCAAGAUCAGCCUGCAGCGCUCGUCCCUCAAGUACCUGGCCUGCCGCUACAGCGAGAUCAAGCCCUACGGGCUCAACUGGUCAGAGCUCAGCCGUGACCUCAAGAAGACGUGCGAGGAGCAGACUCUGAGCGUCCUUUACAAUGACUAUGGGGACAAGGACUACUGAGGGCCGCACGCUGGCCCUCCCGGGGUGGCUGUGGGGGUUUUAUAUAUGGACUGGGUGGGGGGAGGGCAUCUCUGGAGAUAAAAAUUGGACUAGGGAAUGAAAUGGCUGCUCUGUGCAGGACUGACUCAGUAUUAGUUUCUUCUUCAACUUGGCCAACAGCCUUUCUAGGUAGGAGUCUUGUGGGACCCAGUUUUCUUGGUUCUUUUUCUUUGUUUUGCCAAGAGGUUCCUCAGCUGGUGGGUGUGGGUGCAUGGCACAAGGAGGGCAGGCUGGAGGACACAGCCCUCUGCACCACGUUAUGUCCCUGCCCCAGUCACAGGAGAAGCAUGGUGAUGCGAGUCAGGUCGAGAUGCUAAUGGUCAUCAUGGUGCAAAACAGUCACUGGGCAUCCUAGAGGUUUUGUGGUUUUUUUCUAAUUGUAAGGCAUGAGGAGGGACCUGAAUCAGUUCUGGUGCCACUGCAGGGCAGGGCUGGCCUGGUGUCACCAGCCCAGGGGAAAGGAAAGGAGGUGGUGAUAGGGAACCCAACUCCUCAGGGUUCUUCUGCCAUGGUCAAAGCCCAUGUCUGCUCAAAGAUGUGAGUCCUCAAGGGCAAAGGCAGCUUGGCCUCGGGGCCAGCAGCUAUGUGGACAUCAUUGUUUUUUUUUAAUUUUUUUUUGUGGGAUCAGACUCUUAGGAAGUCAACCAGAAAACCCCUUCUAUUUUAUUAUUUUUCAAAUCCACCAUAGUAAAGACUUGAAAGCGAUGACAAAGUAGUGUUUAGGAGAACCCCAGCCAAGAUAGCAGCAUCCGGUUGGCAUGAACAAGGCUGUUUUCUGCAUCCACUGUUCCUGAGCCAUAGAGCAGCCCAAGGUGUGCCCGGUAAAAGGAGUGGGACAUAGCAUACCCAUCCUACAGGGCUGUCUGUCCUUUGUGCUCUUUCUUGAGGGGAUGUUGCUUUCCCAUAUUCAGGCUCACAUCUGCAUCUCUCACUAGUGACUUCUUUUUUUUUUUUCUAAAAAAAAAAUAAAUCAGAGAACUGGGGUUGUUCUGGGACACUGAGCUUUGCUGAGAGCAAACUGUUCUCCAGAACCCUUCUACCAGUGCUGCUGUUGGAGGCGGCACAAGGCUUCAUUUUAGUUUCAGCUCCCAGCCUGCUUUGCAGAGGAGGCACCCCUGGAUUUGCCGGCUGUUCAUCUUUGAUGUGGACGAGACAGGAACCCUGCUGUAUUUUUUCUUUUUUCUUUUUUUUCUUAUGAUGCCUCUUCGGAGCGAAAUUUCCUUUCCAUUUUUCAGUCUUGGCAGGAACAAUCUUCAGCCUGUUUCUUUCCAUUUCCCACCUCGUUCCUACUGCUACCUGCCCAGGAUGCGGCUGGAGUAUUUGUGUGGUGUUGGAUGGGAGCCACCAGCACUGCCCUCUGGUGCUUGCGCAGCAGCCAGCCAGACAGCACAGGAGCAUCCUCCUGCAGGACCACGCUGCUCUGUUCCUCCCUUCCCACUUACAGACCUCUCAUUCAGGGCAGCACUUGGGAUUUGCUGUGAGCAGCCAGCAGCAGUCAGUAUUACCUGGGCACCUGUGGGAAACCUGUGAUGAAUUCAUCUAGCAGGGCUAGGUGGGCCAACACUUGCUUUUUGCAAGGAGAAAGUCAACCAGGACCUUUGGGCCUCUUCUCCCACGUGUCUCCUUAUGUUUGGAUGUGCCAGACGAUGCCAAACGCUUGGUGCUCAAAACAAGACUGUCUCUACAUGUACUUGGGCAAGUGUCCCGUUUCCUUCCAGCCACUGGGAAUCCUGACCAGGAUGCUUUGAGUUGGUCUUUUUGCUUUUUCCAGCCGACACCAAGUCAUCCUUUAACUUCAGCCAGACAGCUGACCAGGGAUGGGUACAGGGCACAACACCCAGCGCCUCGGAGCAAGGCUUGGGCCAGGGCUGCUCUGGCCCAUACACAGCUUGGUGGCUGGCCAAGUAAUACUGCUUACAUGGCUUUUAUAUGGAACACAGAAGGGUUUCCUCUUGGUAGCAGCGUCCUGUCUUUCGUUGCUGAUGAAAUUCAGCAGUUGAGAUGAGAACUGCGCAGGAAUGCUGCCAGGAAGACCCUGAAUACUUGCACCUUUCUUGUGGGCUUCUUCACCCAAAAUUGAUGAUGGGGUGCCAUGGCUGUUUCCACUGGGCUCCCAUUCCCCUACUUCAAAGCCUUUGUGUGGUUAAUAAAAGCUCUGCAGAACCAUCAUCCCUCUGGCUUGAGCUCUUCCCAGGUUGACCUGUGCUGCUCUGGCCACUGACCCAUGCCAAGGUGGGUUUUGCUCCAUGGGACUGACUGUCACAGUGUUGCUGCCCGUCUGUGCAUUGCCCCUUUCCACGAUAACCCUGGCUUUAAGGAGGCUUUCUUCUCAGUUUCUCACCCUGUCUCAGCAACUUAGAAAUUUGUCUGAAUUUGCAUUCUCUUGUCCAAAUCCCUGAGUUAACCUCAAGAGCUCAACUCAAACACCAGCUACGUGCCACCAUGUCUCAGAUCAAGAGGGUUCACCCCAUGGCCGCAGACCCAUCUCCGGGGAGAUGUGUGGGGAGAGCCCCAGGUGUGCCAUACCUGCAGAGCUGAUGUCUUUCCCCAUCUGCCAAAAAAUCCUGCCCAUGGCUCUGUGCAGUAUUUCCUCUGCUGGACCUCUGCCCCUUUCUGUGCUGCUGAAGAGGAUGGUUUUUGUCCCUUUCCUAUUCUCCCUCACUCCUCUGCUCUCUCUCCUUGAUUUAUUUUUGAGUUAACGAGUGAUCAUUCACCUGAGAAGAACCUCUGGGCCAUUUUCUUUACUCUGCUAUGCCCGUUCCCCCAUACUAGCCUUACUACCUUUUACUUGUCGUGCCGUUAUUUAACAUAUGAAGAUGGUCCUUUUGUCCUUUUAUUUCAGAAGAUGGCUACGAUUCAUGUUCCUUGAUGUUAUAUUAAAACUCUAAUGUGACGUUUUACUACUGUAGAUUGAAAGUAGGGUGCUUUAGGGUGGGAUAGCCACGGGGCAAGAAACGCAAGACCCUUACGGGUUACUUUAAAAAGGUUUUAAAUGAAAACAACUUCAAAAAUCACUGUAGCACUAUGUAAAACUCCAGAUGAUAAUUCAACUGACUAUUAAACGGAGCUGUUAGUAAUCCGUGGCUCUGGCAAACGGGGGUG